CAUUUCAGUUUCCAACAUGGCAGAUUUGUUAGUGUGCUACUAUCAUGUGAUGUGGAAGAACCUGUGUUAAGAAUAAAUUCAAAUGUGAAUGUGGUUAUAAUUUCGACUCGUGUGAACUAUUAACUUACAACAGAACCAUGGCGGACCUUCAAAGUCCGCCGUUUAGUGACAUUAAGAGACCAGAGGAGGUAGUGAGAAUGGCUAUGAACGACAGCUUGAAAUUCGCCGUCCUCAUCGGCUUGAUCGAGGUGGGACAGGUGUCGAACCGGGAAGUUGUGAACACAGUUCUACACUUGAUGCGUAGGCGUGGCGACCGGCUCGGCUCGGCGCGUCCCGUCCCGUCCCCGCCUCGUCGCGCGGUGGCGUGCGGCCCGCUGCCGCCGCCGUUCCCCGGGUCACGCGUCGUCGGCGCCGCCGCCGGCCACUGCCGAAUGUCACGCAGCGCCACCCCCGCUCCGGCCGUCACCACCGCCGCCGCCGCAGCCGUGCAAGUGCCCUGCGCCACCUGCCACCGUAGUGCACUCGUGCACCGCCCUGCCCAGCCGCGCUAUUAUUAG